CUUUCCACCCUACUUCUGGCACUGAAGCUUGUUCUCCUCGUUUUAUGGAGUUUGCCACGCUUUACAAGAACAAAAAUUUCAGUUCUGUCCGCUGCAGUCGCGAUGAUCAGUACUCUGGCGUUGCUACUGCUAUCAUUCUAUGAGCAUUCACGUUCACUGAGGCCUUCGAGUUUGAUUUGCCUUUAUUUGCUGGUGAGUAUAAUAUUUGAAAUUGCCCAAGUCCGGACUUUGUGGCUGUUACAUCCUGCAAGUUAUCCUCUCGCUGCGACAGCUACUAUUGCACUCACAGCCCGAUCCCUGUUGCUCCUGUCGGAGACGUAUGAAAAGGGGAAAUGUCUUAGCCCACAAUGCGGCCACAUCUCACCAGAAAGUUCAACCGGAAUCUUCAGUCAAAGUACCUAUUGGUGGCUCAAUCGGUUCUUCAUCAGUGGCUUCCGAGACAACCUAUCCCUCGAUGAUCUCUAUCCCCUAGACGAAGAACUUUCUUCCAAUUCUACCGUCUCUCCAAUUCUACCGUCUCCCUUCAUCAGCAUCGCAAAAUCCACACAACGGCUCGCUCUUUUCCUUGAUGUUAUUUAUGAUUCGAAGUGGACAGUAGCAGCAGCAGUUGCUCCUCGCCUUUGUUUGAUUGGGUUCAAGUUCGCCCAGCCCUUUCUCAUUAACGACAUUAUUGAUUACGUUUCUGAGAAAGGGUCCAGUGGGUUGUCCGGGGUCAAGUAUGGUUUUGUCGGUGCGACGGUGCUAGUCUACGUGGGGAUAGCAGUGAGCACUGCUCUCUACAAGCGUCAAGCUAUCCGCAUGGUCACUAUGACUCGUGGGUCAUCAGUUACAAUGAUAUAUUCAAAGACCCUACACCAAGCUUCGGAUCAAUGUCAAGAGGCUGGUUCGACUACGUUGAUGAGCACCGAUAUCGAUCGGAUUGCCACCGGGCUAUUAAAUUCCCACGAACUCUGGGCAUCCCCUGUAGAGAUUGUGAUUGCGCUGGUGCUUCUAGGCAAAUGCGUUGGAUACCCCUCGAUAACUGCUCUAGGUAUUGCUAUGAUGAGCGUACUAGGGUCGUUCUAUCUCGCUCCUCAAAUGCGCCAAAUGCAAAAGGCCUGGGUACAUGCUGUCCAAGAGAGAGUCAAUUUCACAUCGGUAAUACUGAAAGAAAUGCGCCAGAUCAAAAUGUUCGGGAUUGAGUCAGAUGUGGCAUUCAAGAUACGCGGCCUUCGUGAAUUGGAACUACAUCGAUCCAAGCCCUACCGGUCAAUGAUUGUCGGCGUCAAUGUUUUGGGCACGUUGUCAACUGCUAUUGCUCCCGCUUUAACAAUAGCCGUGUACGCCGCUACACAGCUGAACCUCAGGCUAGAGACACCCAGCACUGAUGUUGUCUUCACGUCUUUGUCCUUGAUUUCUCUUUUGACAAACCCGGUGGUGCUGUUAUCUGUCUUGUUGACUAGAUUCACAUCCGCUAUUGGCUGUUUUGACCGAAUUCAAGAAUUUCUUUGCAAAGAAAGCCGAGUGAACGAGGUCACAUCUGUUGAUGAAUAUUUGGCGCCUGAGAAUGCUUCAGGGAUGGAGCUUACAUCACUACUGACUCAGUCCUCUCAGCCUCUUGUCUGCAUGACUGAUUGCUGUUUUAGCUUGGGUGUGGAUAUUCCGGCAAUACUCCAUGGACUAACAUUGAAGAUACAGCAUGCUUCGUUUUCAGCUGUGACUGGACCUAUUGGCUCUGGCAAGUCGUCUUUGCUCAAAGCCAUGCUGGGCGAAAUGCAUCGACCAGAAGGGACAUUGUCUGUUCGCUCGGUCAAAAUGGCGUAUUGCCAGCAAUCUCCAUGGAUAUUUAAUGGCACACUAAGAGCCAACAUCGUCGGCGAAUCACCUCUUGACGAAGAGUGGCUCAAAGAGGUGGUUUAUGCCUGUAACCUGGACGUCGAAACCACAAUUCUUUCCUUUGGACUUGACACAGUAGCUGGGAGUUCGGGAGCUCAGCUUAGUGGAGGGCAGAAGCAGCGGGUGGCUUUGGCUAGAGCAAUCUACGCAAGACCAUCUUUGCUGAUCUUAGAUGACAUCUUCGGCGCCUUAGACGCAGUGACAUCAAGGCUAAUUUUCCAGCGAGUGCUCGGUCGUGCCGGCCUGGUCAGGAGGCUCGGCAUCGCAACCAUUCUUGUGACGAUAGCUGUGAAACAUCUGAAAGAAGCCGAUAAUUUGAUUGUUCUUUCAAAGGACGGCCGCAUGGAAGGCCAAGGGAUCUUUGGAGAACUGGAGAAGAGGAAUCAGUACCUACAGAGCCUUUCACGUUCCCCAAGUCCCGAAGACGAUGAAGUCGAAGAAAGCAAGGAAAGCGACUCUCAGCCCGGGGAAACUCGCGAAGUGAAGAAAGAAACCGGAGAAAUGGCUGAGAGAGAAACAGUUCACAAAAUCUUCCGAGGUGAUGGUGACUUCUCGCUUUACACCUAUUACAUUAAUUCGUUCGGCUGGUGGGCGUUUGGGCUAACGCUGGGAUUCGCAACUCUAUACGUGUUUUGUAUUGCCUUUCCGCAGGUCAUGCUUAGCUGGUGGUGUGACUCAAGUCCUCCAAAGAACUAUGUCUAUCUCGGUUCCUAUGUCGGCAUUUCUUCCAUCGCUAUCAUUGCGAUGGGAGUCUUUAUUGGGGCACCUUGGCCGAGCCUGGCUCCGAUAGAUACAGGAAAUUUGAUCAAUAGAUUUAGCCAAGACAUGUCUCUUCUUGACAUGCAGCUUCCUGUUGCCUUCGGCAUAACACUUCAGAAUCGCAAUACCACGCUUCUCGAGACGUCCCAGAAACCAUUUUACACCAUGUAUUCCAUUCAGCAGUGGUUGCAGGUUGUUUUGGAUCUACUCGUUGCGGGCGUUGCGACAGUUCUAGUUGCACUGGCUGUUUUCGUGACAAAGCAAAGUAGCUCUGGGGCCGUCGGCGUUGCCCUCGUGAACUUGCUUUCAUUCAACUCAACGUUGACAUUGUUGAUUACCAACUGGACACAGCUUGAGACUUCUCUAGGCGCAGGGGCAAGGCUCCGCUCCAGUGGUGAGGGAUAUCUCCUUUACACUGGAGGGCGGACAGAAACUUGGCAUUUGUGGGCGAACUGGAAGGAAGAGUUCUUUACUUGCUUGUAUUUUUCUCUCUCGCGACGGUCACAUCUGGCGAAAUCUACAUUUGACGGCAUCGACAUCUCAACCGUUCCCAAAGAGAAGCUCCAUUCUGCAUUGGUCGAAAUAUCUCAAAAUCCAUUAAUUCUUCCCGGUUCUGUUCGUGAAAAUAUCUCCCUGGGAAUAUCAUCGGCGAUUGAUGAUUCGGAGAUGAUGACUGCCCUAGAGGGAGUCGGGCGUUGGAAUCAGAUUCGUGGCCAUGGUGGUCUCAGCGCGAACAUUGAUUCGAUUAAUCUGUCCAAUGGCCAAAAGCAGAUAUUCUGCAUUGCCCGUGCUAUUUUAUCACCUGGUCGAGUUGUCAUCAUGGAUGAGCCUACAAGCGGGUUUGAUGAACACACCGAGAGAUUGGCCACGGAACUUCUUCGUGAGCGGCUGAAAGGACGAACUACCAUCUCAAUUGCCCAUCAGAUCAAUACUGUAAUGGACUCGGAUUUGAUCAUGGUCAUAGAUCAA